GAUCGGAGCCCUCUCUCCUUGGGUCCUUCGAUUUUAACCUCCUCUCUUGUCAGUUCUCUCCCGAUCCCCCGCUGUAGUUAGCUCUUCCAAAACCUUCGAUUUCAAGAUGCGCCCACCAAUCAACAUUGGUGGUCGUUUGUAUGGACAAUCAUCGAGUUCUCAAGCUGCUGGUUUUCAAAGAACUUUGCCUCCUAGAAUUUCGAAUCCCCAAGCUGCAAACGUUGAACCAGUCGAGCAGAGGGAAGAAAAUUUACCUGUGCAACGUGAUGUUCGAGUGCUUGAUCCGGCUCGAAGAAAUGGAGCUAAAUGGUUCAAACACAACACCGAAGUAUCAACUCGUGUUAGGAAAAUCAUUGAAGGGAAUUUCAAAGGAGCGUGGUAUAGCUGGAAUAAGGUGCCGCAAUACUAUAGAGAUGCUUGGUUUUCAACAUUUAAGACAAGGUUUCAGUGGGAUCCCACGAUUGAGCAUCUAGUUAAAGCCAACUUUGAUGCACUUGCUGCUACUCGUCUCAAAGGAAUGGUUAGUCUUGCAAAGUCCAAGGGAAAACAACCUGAGUGGAUUCUGUCUGAACAUUGGGAAAAAAUGGUAGAUUACUGGAAGACUCCAAAAGCCAAGGAAAAAAGUGAAAAAGCUCGUUCUUCACGAUUAUUUAGUCGUGAUGGUUUAGGUCCACAUUGUCACAGAGCUGGAUCACGUUCUUAUGCAAAAGUGAAAGAUGUUUUGGAAGCAAAUAAUGAAGACUCUUCCUUCAUUGCUGUGAUGAGAAAAACACACCAAAAAUCCGAUGGGUCAUAUGUUGAUGAGAGAGCACGACUAAUUGCUGAAGCGUAUGAUGAACAUCUUCUAGAACGCUUGGCACAAAUGGAGUCCUCUAAUGGAGAGGUUUUGACAAUGGAUUCUCUGACCAUCGAGGAGAAAAAUGACAUCUAUGUUAAGAUUGCUGGUAUAUCGAAACAAGGUCGUGUAUUUGGACUUGGAUCACUCCAAAGUGGGGUUUCUAUGUCUUUAGAUGGUUCGGCUGUGCCCCCUCAAGCUACUGAAGAAGUAGGAACAUUAACGCUACGAGUUCAAGAGCUGGAAAUGGAAUUGCAAAAGAGUCGUGAAGAUAAUGUGGUUAUUCAGAAACGACUCGAUUCUGUGGAGCAACUGAUUCAAUCUUUUGCAGGUCCCAGUGGAUCAAAUGCAGCAGCUCCAUCUACUCCACAAACUUCCAUUCACUACAAGAAAACAUGGUUUUUACGACUACAAUUGGUGACUACAUAUGUAGUCGUUAUUUUUGGUGACUAUCUAAUGACUAUUGGGUGACUAUUUUACGACUAUAAAUAUUUGGUCGUAUAUUAGUCGCCUUUUUGUGACUACAUAUAAUAGUCGGUAUAUUAGUCGUAAUUUAGCGACUAUUUUAUGACUAUAUUGCAUAUCGAAACAAAUAGUCACCAAUUUAGCGACUAUUUUAUGACUAUAUCGCAUACCAGAACAAGUAGUCACUAAAUAGUCACCAAUUUAGCGACUAAUAUGUGACUCAAGGUAAAGGUUGGUAAAAAGUUGCAUAUCAGUCGCUAUUUAAGAAAAUUAAAAAAUUUAAAAUUUAGUUUUAAACUUUAACCAAACUCCAAAACUUAAAUCAUAAA